AUGCAAAGAGCCAUCCAAAUCGCGUCCGCAGGCGCUCCGUUCAUCGUCGGGACACGCCCCAUCCCCAAACCAGGCAAAGGCCAAAUGCUCGUCAAGAUCCUUGCCGUAGCCCUCAACCCUUUCGAAGUGUUCAUGUCUGCAUACGGAAUGUUUGUUCGCGAAUGGCCGGUCGUCCUUGGGUGGGAUGCUUCGGGGCGAGUUGAAGAAGUAGGGGAGGGCGUUGUGGGGUUCGAGAAGGGCGAUAGAGUAUUGUAUCCUGGCGAUUUCGUCAACGACAGGUUUACGUUCCAAGAGUACGGACUGACCAACGCGAGUACCACCGCAAAGAUCCCGGAUAACCUCACAUUCGAAGAGGCAGCGACAUUCCCUCUUUGCAUCAGCACGUCCGCCAUCGGGCUCUACAGUAAAAAACAAGUUGGCGCGGGCCUUGUCGCUCCUUGGGAAGCGGACGGGAAAGGCAAGUAUCAGGACGAACCUAUACUCGUGACGGGCGGAGCGUCCUCUGUGGGGCAAUUCGCUAUCCAACUCGCGAAGCUCUCCGGGUUCAACCCUAUCAUCACCACUGCUUCUGCUUCUAACAAAGCCUACUGCGAAGCCGCCGGCGCGACGCACGUCAUCGACUAUCAUACCACGUCCUACCCUGCGCUUCCCUCCGCCGUACGCGGUAUCACCUCGAAGCCCGUCAAGGUGAUAUACGACGCUAUCUCUACACAGGAUACGCAGGUCGCUUCUUGGGGUAUACUCAGUGAUUUGGGCGGCAAGCUAGUGGUCACUAGACCACUCGUGGAAGAUAUCAAGGAGCAGGAUGGGAAGAGCGUGGCGAGGGUCUUCGGGACGGUGAACGAUGACACGGCCGGUGACACGCGUGUUGGUGAACAGUUGUUCGGAGCGUUUGAGAAACUGUUGCGCAAUGGCGAUUUGAAGCCGAAUACGAUUGAGGUGUUGCCAGGUGGGUUGGCGGGGAUUGAGGGAGGGUUGAAGAGGAUGGGGGAAGGAAAGGUCAGUGGCACGAAGUUGGUGGUGAGGCCGACGGAGACGGCUUAG